AGUCAGUUUUAUGUGAGACGAGACGAGACGAGACUAUCAGAAAAAUCUUCUCGCUGUGUUAUGGAUGCUACUGAGCAGCAAAUAACCCGACUCCCUGAUGAGAAUGAUGAUGACCCAGCGGCCAUGACUGUUAAGAUGACAGUACCAAACAGGAUUACCAGAAGGAUUGUCGUGCUGGGAAAAACUGGAAGUGGGAAAAGCAGCCUAGGCGAAACCAUAUUUGGAGAGCGUGUAUUUGAUAUAAAUCAUAGUGCAAACCCCGGAACAAGUCAAUGUGCAUCAGAAACCAGAGACAUUAAUAAAAGAGACAUCACGUUGAUUGACACGCCUGGGUUCUUUGACCGUGGCAUCCGUGAAGAGGAACUGAAAGCUGAGAUGGCAAAAUGCAUCACAGAGUGUGCUGCUGGCAUUCAUGCUUUUAUCAUUUUACUUAAAGUGGAGAAAUUCACAGAGCAAGAGAAUGAGGUUAUCUCUAAAAUACGAGAAUCUUUUUCUGAGGAGGUUUUCAGACACGCUGUACUUGUCUUCUCCCAUGGUGACCAGCUCCCUGAUGGAAUGAAGAUUGAAGAGUUUGUCAAUCAAAACAAGGAUCUUUGUGAUCUCCUGAAGAAGUGCGGUGGUCGGUGCCAUGUCGUCGAUAACAAAUACUGGAAGAACAACGGGCGGGAUGAAUACAGAAGCAACCAGUUCCAGGUGGCAAAGCUGCUCAACAGUAUAGAGCAGAUAGUUUGGGAUAACAAUGAAGGCUACUACACCAACGACACGCUGAAUGGUGUGGAGGGAAAAAUACGAGAACAGGAGAAGAUCAUUAGACAGACGACAGAAAACAUGUCAACGAAAGAGAUCGAAGGGCUAGCAAAAGAAAAUGUCGCAAAUAUUCUCAAAGAGGCAGCCGGCAUCACUACAGGGGUGAUGUUGGGAGCGUUGGUAGGUGUGCCUGUAAUGGUUGCAUUACUUUGCUCUGUGUUCAUUGAAAUGGCACCAGCAGCAGCAGCUGCAGCACAAUCAGUGGCAGGAGCUGCAGCCACGAGUGGUAUUGGCUUAGGCGUAGGUUUAGGAGUCUCUGUUUUCGCAGGAGCAGCAGCAGGAGGUUAUAUGGGACACUGUGAGGCUGUCGAAGCAGACUCUGCAAAGGAGGCAGCUAAAAUGACAGCUAAGGCUGUCCUCAAGAGAGCUGCAGAACCAUUCAAAAGAAUAUUCAACAGGCAAAAGCAAAAAGAAGCAAAAGUAACCGCAAGCGUCCGCUGAGCUUUGAUUAUGGGCAUACAUAAAAACUAUUUGGAUUUCUGUCUAAAUGCUUGAUUUUGGGGUGUACUGUCUUUUAUGCUUUGGCCUAUUGAGUUUAACCAGAUGUUAGUCUGUAUCUAGAUCUGCUCUCUCUACUCCAAGAUACUCAUACAGUCAUAAUGGCACAAAGUCUGGUUUGAAGACAGACUAUAAGGUCAAAUUCCCUCAUCUACUUUUUACUGAUGAUGCUGUCUUGCUACUCUAACCAAUCUUUAGUAGAUCCUGAAAUAAUAUAUGUAUAGCCAUGUAUAAAUAGGAUGACCUGUUCAGCACAGGUAUAAAGUCUAUUCAUGAAUCAUGAGAACUAAUGAAGUAAUCAUUUUUUUUUAAUUUUUUUAAAGAAAACUACUCAAUUAACCAAGAUUGUUUUUCUUUGCUUUUUAAUGGGAAUGGUUUACCAGAGUUUACUUCAGCUUUACUAUGAAAUCAUGUUAAGUCUUGAAUAAAAGAAAGUUGAUUAUGAA